CUAGAUCUAACUUUAUAACAAACACCUUCAUCUCUCUCAACCGUUUUUUCAUUCAAAUCUGCAUCUGGCAUCUGAUUCCAAACCCUAAAUCCCCAAAUCACACCUUCAUCUACUCAAAUCUCCUUCAAAUUCAACCUACAUUUUCCUCACCGAUCAUCAAUCUCUCACCGGAGAUUCAAAUCUACAAUGGCGACAAUGGAGAGCUUGAUCGGGCUCGUGAACCGGAUACAGAUGGCGUGCACUGUGUUAGGAGAUCACGGCGGCGAAGGUAUGUCGCUUUGGGAAGCUCUGCCUACUGUCGCCGUUGUUGGUGGUCAGAGCUCCGGGAAAUCGUCUGUAUUGGAGAGCGUUGUCGGUAGAGAUUUCCUGCCCCGUGGAUCUGGUAUUGUUACAAGGAGGCCAUUGGUAUUGCAGCUGCAUAAGAUAGAGAGGGGGACUGAGUAUGCAGAAUUUCUUCAUGCUCCAAGGAAGAAGUUCACUGAUUUUGCUGCCGUGCGUAAGGAGAUUGAAGAUGAAACCGAGCGUGUUACUGGGAGGUCAAAAGCCAUCUCUAACCGUCCAAUUCACCUUAGCAUUUAUUCUCCAAAUGUUGUGAACCUGACUCUCAUAGAUCUUCCUGGGUUAACAAAAGUUGCUGUAGAGGGACAGCCAGAAUCAAUUGUUGAGGAUAUUGAAAAUAUGGUCCGUUCUUACGUCGAGAAGCCAAAUUGUAUUAUUUUAGCAAUUUCUCCUGCUAAUCAAGACAUUGCCACGUCCGAUGCUAUAAAGCUUGCCAGAGAAGUUGAUCCUACAGGUGAACGAACGUUUGGAGUGGUAACUAAACUCGAUCUCAUGGAUAAAGGAACCAACUGUCUGGAUGUUCUUGAGGGAAGAUCCUACAGGCUUCAACAUCCAUGGGUCGGAAUAGUGAAUCGUUCACAAGCAGAUAUUAACAAGAAUGUUGAUAUGAUGGCUGCUCGAAGAAAGGAGCAAGAAUAUUUUGAAAGUAGCCCUGAUUAUGGGCAUCUGGCACCUAAAAUGGGUUCAGUAUAUCUUGCAAAGCUUUUAUCCCGGCAUUUAGAGAGUGUUAUCAGACAGAAGAUUCCAAGCAUAGUUGCAUUGAUUAAUAAGAAUAUUGAUGACAUUAAUGCUGAGCUGGACCGCAUUGGUAGGCCAAUUGGAACAGAUGGAGGGGUAAAUGAUUAAUGAAAACCAUUUAAGUUAAAGGGUUAAUAUCAUAAAAAACCAAUAUGCUUUCUUAUUUUUCACGGAAAAGUCUCUCAACCUUGUUUUUAUAUAUUAAAGUCCCUCGACUUAUAAAAAUACACGAAAAAGCCAUUAAACCAA